AUGGUCAGCCAUGUGCAAAGGAGGGAUUUCAGGCCAUCCAGGGGCACCCCUUGUAGGAACUGUUUCCAUGUCCUGCAAGAAUCCACUUUCACAACCUCCUCCUGCCUGGGGCCUUCAUCUCUAGAUAACACGCAGGCACUGCCCAGCCAUGCUCACUGUCUGGUUCUGUUCUUGUGUCUUGUGUUCCCACUUCAGGCACUGAAGGCCAAGAAGGCACUGAAAGACUCCAUCGAGGAUGUUUUAGGGGACCUCCUGGGAGAUGACACCUCCCUCCUGGAUCAGCCAGUCAAGUUCAAAGCCAGCACCAGAAACUCAGUGGGGGCAGCCCAGGCGCCUGCAAGGGCCAGAACCAAGUCCUUCCUGGGAGGCGAUGCCCGGGGCACUGCAGCAGAAUCAGCGGGAGCCAAGACUGAGGAUUCAGACAUCUCUGAGGCGGACCCACAGGCCUUGCUGCAGACUAUGAAGGAUCUGGAUGACAUGGACGCCGACCUGUUCAAGCCACGAGCAACAGCACUGGCCCCCAGCCGAGCAGCAGCAAAGGGCUCUGGGGACAAAGUGCUGCAGGGGACCCACCAGGCAGCUGGGGGCACCAUUCCAAACAGGAAGCCUCCUGGGAAGUUCUCCUUUGAAGACAUGGAAGACCCCCUGGCCGGGCUCCUCUCAGAUGAAGAGGGAAGUGCUGAGAAGCCCCUGGUGGAGACAGAAAAUCCAGCCCCUGUGCGGGGUCCAGGCCCCCCAGUUCCCCUGACUCCGGGCGACACCCCUAUCCACAAGAAGCCAGACCUGUUCGACGACGGGGACGAUGUGGUGGCCGUACUGGGGUUUGGUGACAGCCCCCGAGCAGACCGGAGGCCGACCGGGGAGCAGGAAGGGCCACGCCCCGCACGCUCUCGGCUGGAUGAGCUACUGGGCCGAGGCACGGCUGCCACACUCCUGACCCGCCCGGGCACCGGGGAGCAUCGGGAGUUCAAGCUGGAUAGGAAGUACCAGAGGCCACAGGACAAAGAAGAGCCAGGGUCCGAGGAGGAUUUGGACUUCACCUUUGGAGCCUACCAGCCCACCGUGGGCUCCUCCCACAGUCGCCAAACCCGCCGCCAGGCCGUCAGGUUCUCAGCAGAAGGCGCUGCAGAUUCCAAGAGUGAACCAGGCUCUAAGCCAAGCGUUGUGUCCAGCCCUGCCACUCAGCCCCGCAAGGGAGGCGCCGACUGGCUGGGCCUCAAGGAUGUGGAUGUCGACACGGGUCUGGAUCUGGAUCCAUCCUCCACAGCUCCCACUAGGGAGGCCCGAAGCGGCACCUCUUUGCACUCCAUGUCCGCCCUGCCCCCUUCGGGGAGCCAGCGCGCACCCUCCGGCCCCAGCUCUGCCCCGCCAGACCUGGCCACCCAGCACAGGGGUCCGCUGACCCAAGGCAGCCCAGCGCCCCGGCGUGGAGCACCCGAUGAUGAUGACCAGGCAGAGGAUUGGUUGAGCCAUGCCCUGUCCCGGAAGAGGGCGCAGGGCCUGGCCAGAGAGGACCGAGAGGCCGCCUCGGGAGACCCCAGCUCUGGGGGCCUGCCCAUGGCUAGUGCCCCGGGGAAGCGCUCGGACACAGCAGUACAGGAGUCUCCAGCUCAGCUGGCUCCCACGAGGCUGGCCGUGACCCCCAAACAAGCCACCAUGAACCUCGGUGCAGGGGACCCCAAGCAGGAAGCAGCCCCGAGACACCGCUCUGGCCCAGAGCCUGUAGGUACCAACCGGGGCCUCCCAGAACCCGAAGGCAUCUCUGCACCCUUCCAGGGUCUGGGUAUACCCAGGAGCAGCGGUGCCCAUGGCAGUGGUCACCCACAGUCCCUGCUUCCCGAGUCCCUGCCGGCCCCUACCUUCCCGAAGCUGCCGCAGGCACCAUUGCAGAGUGAGGUGGGUGAGCUCCAGGCCCAGCUGCUGCAGAGCCAGGCCCGGCAGGCCGAGCUGGAGACCCAGGUGCGGAAACUGGAGCUGGAGCGAGCCCAGCACGCGUUGCUGCUAGAGAGUUUGCAGCAGCGACACCAGGUGGACCUGGAGCUCCUGGAGAACACACACAGAAACCGCCUCAAGGUGCUGGAGACAUCCAGCCAGCAGCGGGAAGAGCGGCUGCAACGUGAGAACCAGGAGCUGUCGGAGCGGUACCUGUCAAAGUGUCAGGAAGUCCAGCAGGCCUGCGCCGAGCUCAGCGCCCAACACCAGCGGCGACUGGCCACUGCCCUGCAGGAAAAGGACCAGGAGCUGGAGCGGCUUCAGGAGCUGCAGCGAGCCUCCAUCCAGGAGAUGCGCAAGGACCAUGAGGAGCAGCUACAGCGGCUGAAAGCACUGAAGGAGCGUGAGAUCGACGCAGUGACCAGUGCCACUUCCCACACACGGUCGCUGAACGGCGUCAUCGAGCAGAUGGAGAUGUUCUCCAGCAGCCUGCAGGAGCUGACAUCACGCGUCGAGGCCUCACACGUCACAGCUGCCCAGGAGCGGGAGCUGGGUGUGCGGCAGCGGGACGAGCAGCUUCGAGUGAUGCAGGAGCGCCUGGCCCGGGAGCAGCGGGACAUGGAAGAGGAGCGAGGCCGCCUGCAGGAGAUGGUGGGCCGGAUGGAGGCGCGCCUGACGGAGCAGAGCCGGCAGCUGGAGCAGGAGCGCUGGCGGAUGAGUGCAGAGCAGUCCAAGGCGGAGUCCAUGCAACGCACCCUCGAGGAGCAGAAGAAGGCCGUGGGCCAGCAAAUGACCAUGGAGCGGGAAGAGCUGGAGAAGGCCAAGACCGCCCUGCUGCAGGAACAGAAAUCCGUCAUGGACAAAUGCGGGGAGGAGCGGAGGCGCCUGGCAGCCGAGUGGAGCGAGUUCUUGGCGCAGCAGAAGUUGAGUAAGGAGCGGGCAGAGCGUGAUGCCGAGCGGGCGCUGCAGGUGGACAGCCAGCGGGAGGGCACCCUCGUCAGCCUGGCCAAGGAGCAGGCUGAGCUCAAGAUCAGGGCCACCGAGCUGCGUGCCAAGGAGGACCAGCUGGUGGCCGAGCGCGAGGCGCUGGAGCGGGAGCGGCAGGAGCUACGGCUGGAGAAAGAGCGAGUCAGUGCUGCUGCCCUGCGCCUGCGACACCGCUCCGAGGAGGUGGAGCGCAUGAGCCAGGUGGCCUCGGAGAAGUACCAGGAGGGGGAGCAGGCGCUGCAGAAGGCCCAGCAUAUCCGCUCUGAGCAGCAGGCCCGGCUCCAGCUGGUGCAGCAGCAGCAGCAAAAGCUCCGGGAGCAGGAACACCACAUGCACCAGGAGCAACUGAGCCUGGCCCAGCAGAGACUCCAGCUCGACCGAGUCCAACAGGACCUGCCGUCUCUCCCCGCCAGGCUGCUCCCCACGAUUCCAGGCCCUGUGGCCCCUAGUCUAAGCGUGCCUGUUGAGCCCGUCCCUGCCCCUCAGAGCAGCCGUCUGCUGGCUCCGGGCCCUGCGAUGCUCCAUGCCAGGCUACUGCUGCUGAGACACACAGCCCAGCAGGAUCACGACUUCCUGGAGGAGGAGCGAAUCUUCCUGCAGACCCUGAAGGGCGCCCACUCGGCCUGAGAACCCACUGCCCACCAGCUGCUGCUCCAGGACUGGGAGUGUAGUGUGCCUAAGCCCAGGAUUUACUGCCUCACCUCAGACAUCCUGCUCUGACCCCUCGUCAGGGGAGAUACCUGAGCCUCUGUCAGACUCUGAGCAGCGGUUAUUGGGGGUGGGGCCUAAACGGGCCUCCUGUAGGGUAUGUGGAUAUCCCGGAUCCCAGCUGCCCAUUCUGAGGCGACAGCUAAGGAAGGGGAGAGGUUUAUCCCAAGCCCCCUCCAAAACUGGUGGUGGGUGAAGAGAAUGCAGGGAGCCCUGCUGCCCCCCAGGGCCACCUGUGCCUUCUCUGUAUGUGGAGAUUCCUGUGCCCAGAACAUGAGGACAAAUGGACUCUAAUAAAGCGGAUCAUUUUUUUAA